CAUACAUCCAUGACGAGGUAACCGCCCGAUACAAGGGACAAAGAAGCAGGAUAAAUGAGAGCCUUCCGGAGCCAAACACGGUUUGUCCCUGGCGCAGCCCAUGUCACGUUCACCUGAAGCCACCACUCAGAGUCCAACCACUCAAAAUCCACGCAAGCGCCCACGCUCCGAUUCUGCUCAGUCCGAGGCGCAUGAGCACGAAAAUACGAUCAGCAUCGGUUAUUUCACCCUUGAAUUCAUUCGCGCAUACCACACCGUCUUGCGAACCUUGAACCUUGAACUGGACAGUCUCAGCAAUCCGGCGGACUUCUCCUCACUUCUUUUCCCCUCACUCCUGAAGUCGACCGUGCCCUCCUUGGACAAGGACAGGAAUGUCUAUUCGUAUAGGCAUGUGGGAACUAGGACUGUGAGGAUCGUUUACGAUUCUUUCCAACGAUUAGAACGGUAGACGUCUUCCGUCCUGCCGCUAGUGGGAACGUUAGGAUGUGGGAAGACGCACCUGCUCGCAGUUUUGGCUAGUUUCCUGUUCACGAAGGGCAUGCCAAUAAUUUUCCUGCCGCAUGCGGACACCCUCGAACAUGACUCUCUGCACUGGCUGAAAUUGGCAUUCGCACUCGCUUUCGCUGACAUCGAGGGUGCUGUCGAACGAAUCGCAGGUCUCCAAUCUCUAAACGAUUUAAUUCUAUUCUCUCGAAACAAUUCAAAACAGCUGUACUUCUUGGUGGAUGGAUUCGACCUGGUGGCGGACGAUCUGAAAGCUACCAUUUACUCGUUGGUGUCAAACCACUUCUUGGUCUAUACAACAUACCAACUCGCUGGGCGCAUUUCACUUUCGAUUCGUCUCCCGUCAAAAUUUUCUGAGCAAGAUGUCUGGAAAUGGAUGGAACAUUACGAGAACGAUUUCCCCUCCUCGAUGACCAUGCAAAACCGAUUAUUCCUCAAAUAUAUCACGGGAGGGAUCCCCGCUCACCUGCAGGCGAUGCGCGAAUUUCGGGGACAAGCCUUCAAGGAGAUCGUCAGCAAGUUCCGGCAAUGCCAUAAAAUGCAGGCCUUGGCUGAUGACGUGACGGCUUUUCAUUCGCGGAUGGAGUCGCUCAAGUCUGCAGACAGAAAACGCUACCUACAGCUAGUCACCGCGUGCCUGACCGACACCAUCCCAGAAAUUCGACACGGGUCUCAUCCGACGCUGUAUGAUCCGCGUUACUUUUGCUUCGACGACGAAGGCCGAGGUUGUUGUGCGAGCGGUCUGGCACGUGACAUCAUGAUCAACCUGCUCUACGCAGAGGACAUGAGCCUUUUCACGUCGGAUUCGUGGUACUCGAGUGUCCGAAGUGCUUGUGGACUCAUCCGUGACUCGUCUAUUAUUCAGAUCUGUCUCGGUCGCAUCGCUCUCAGCGGUCUGUUCCAUGCCAAUGCGAAUGGGACUGCCAUGAGAAUCAGCACCUUCCGGGAGACCCCUGCCUUCGGCUGGAUGUUCGAAGAAGCGCGGAAGAAUCCUAGGGGCACUUCCUCCUUUCUCUGCAUACCUGGACCGGAUACCUGCAGAUUCUUCACAGCAGUGAUCGUCCGAAUCAAUCCCGUGGAUAAGACCGCCCAUCUGAUACCUCUACAAAUUUCAGUGUCUCAGACUUGCACCGAUCUGGCCACCUCCUUCUUUGCUGUCACGUGGCACGGCUGGGGAAAAUUCAUACGGGACGAAGGCUUCAAGACCAUCAAUACAUUCGUGCUCGUGGAUAGCCUUACGUCGGAAAGCGCAGAGACGAUAUCUAACUCUAAUACCUUUCGGGAGGGCGUCAGAGUGCGUAUUUUUACCCAAAGGGUGCUAGAUAGUAGACGGCAGCUAACAGCAUUCAUCAGCUCGUUUCUCCAGAUUACACGUUUCGCAACCUCAAUGUAUCUUCUCUCGAUCCCAAACUGGGUCGUAUACUCCUCGGAGAUAAAUAUCAAACCCCAACCGCCUAAUUAUUCACGUGCAUCAUCUAUCUACUUUCACUUUGCUAUCACGAACAUGGGUAUUCUUGUUGGAUCGUUGCAUUUUCCCUCAUCCUGCAUGAAACCCAGUGCCUCGUACAGCGCGCUGGCAGCGCUAUUAUGA